AUGAAUGAACCAUGGCGUGCUUCAAGCCAGGUGCCUCCCAAUAGUUUCCUGGGACGAACUCUUCAUCGAGGCAACAAUGGUGAAAGAAGAAGGGGACAGGCGGUGCCAUCGCCAUCGCCAUCUGGGUCUUCAUCAUCCUCCUCGUCUGAUAGUGGUUCCUCUUCGGACAAUGAGAGCUCAUCUACUUCUAAUGGAAAGAAGAAGAAGAAGCAUCGCAAACGUAAAUCUCAUUCACAUCGUAAGCAUAAAGGCAAAUCGAAAGAUGUUCAUUUACGCAGGCCCAUUGAUCCCAAGGUCUAUUCAGGAUCAGAGGAUGUCAAGAAGGUUAAUAGAUUCAUGCAAGAUUGUGAAUCAUACCUUGAAGUUCUUGAUGAUGAUCCAGUCCGAGAUGUGUACAAUAUAUCUCGUUUCCUUGAUGGUACAGCCCGUGACUUCUACGAUGUAGUUGUCAGUGGAAAUUAUGAGAAGUGGACAUUAGGCACCUUCUUCCGAGAGAUGUUUGACUAUUGUUUUCCUAUUGAUUUCCGUGAAAAGAUUCGGAAGGAGAUUGAGAACUGCCGUCAAGGUGGACGGCGAGUGAAGGUAUUCACCCAUGAACUGGAAAACCUGUACAACGUCCUGGGUGAUGAAUCAGACCGUGCCAAGGUUGUUAAACUGUGGAAGGGCCUUAACCUUGACAUCACUGAUAUCCUGUCUUGGAAGAGUUUCUCCCAGGAAGUUCACUCUUGGGCUGUCAUCGCUCGUGAGGCUGAGCUAGCUGAGGCGACCUUGAAUCGUAGGCAUUCAGCUAUGCGUGCCACUGUUCUGCAUAACCAUAGAGCAGACUCUCGCCGUACCAAUCGGACUACCGAAGAGAACAAGUAUAAUGAUGUUCCUCGUAAUCGUCAGGAUUAUUCACCUCAGCCCAUACGGAUGACUCCUACAGAUGAGGCUCGUGUUAUUCGUGGUCAACCAGCAAGGAAACCACGCCGAUUUGAGCCAAGUAAUCGUGGUGGACCACCACGAUUCAAGAACAGCCAGCCAAAUAAUCAGCCAAGGCCACCGAAGCCAUCCUCUAGUGGACAGAGCUCAUCUGGGCCAACAAAGAAUGAGCUAAUGGCUGAGGGUCGCUGCUUUAAAUGUCAUGAGAAGGGCCAUUUAGAACGCAAUUGUCCCCGAAAUGGCAUGGUCGCUUCUGGGAGUCGCUCCCGCCCUCCUGGCCUUGCCUCCUCUAGCAUCCGAUUUAACUUUAGAGAGGUGAAUCAGGCUACUAGUGCUGCUUCAAGGACUAAGGAUCAAACCUCACUGUCUAUUGAUAGAGUGGGUUUUAAUCUACUGGAUCCUGUACAAACACGAGAUCCUUCUAUCUUGCAGCAUGGAGAUCCUUUUGGGCUCCCAAGUGACGUAUCAAAGUCACAAACUUGGACCUUGAAGUUUGCCCAGGGAAUUGUUGAAUGUCCUAUUGGCCGUUUCCUUGAGGAUUGGUGUGAGAAGCACUUAGAUGCCUGUGGACCAUAUCAUGGGGAUCCUGUAGAAAGGUCUGAUGAUAAGACAUCAGAUCGUUUUACAGUUUAUCGCACAUUGUCUCACUUUGUGUUGAUUGAUGAAUCUCAUACCUCUGACUCAUGGCCACAUGAUGAAGGAGAGGUUCUGGUACCCUCAAUUGUUGCAGAAAUGGGAGAUAUUGUCCACUGGUACAAGGAAUAUUGUGCCCGGAAAUUAUCCAUACCAUGGUCCUCUCCUAGAUCACGAGUGACAGACAAUUAUUGUGACUUGAUUGAGGAGAUGCUGAAUGAUCACCUUGGAACUGGAUGUAUCUCUGGUGUUGAUGAUCAGUUCCAUGUUUGGAGUGUUGACUCAGACUUCGCAAUGAUUCAUGAUACACAUCAUGGGCACAAGGUUCGACUACCGAAGCGCCUAUUAGCAUAUCCGAAGUUCCGGCUUUUUAAUUGGUACCUCCGUCAGAUUCAAAAGAAGGAUCAAAGGAGUAACUCCUGGUCUAUAUGGAAGGCCCACUGGGGUGGUCUCUCUCAUGUCUUUGACAACUGGCCACAAGCUUGGGAUGCUAUUAAGCCUCCUUGCACUAAAGGUUUAUUCUCUGGUCAUGUGGGUAUUGAACCUACUUCGUUGACUGGCUUACAACGUAAUGCAAGCUCAACUAGAGAUUUUAAUCGCCUGGUCCCCAUGCCCAUGGUGAUAGAGGUCCUUAUUAAUGGUCACAAGAGCCGUGCUCUUCUUGACUCUGGGUCUUUGGGUGAUUUUAUCUCCACAACGCUAGCAGAUCAGCUGAAGUUGAAGCGAACUGAGCUUGCGAAGCCUAUUGAGUUGCAUCUUGCUGUUCAGGGCUCACGCUCAAAGGUUAAUUAUGGUACACAAUCUGAUUUCAAGUACCAGAAUAUCAAGGAACGUCGAUACUUUGAUAUCGUAAACCUAUCAAAUUAUGAUGUGAUCCUUGGAACGCCAUUUCUGUUCCAGCACAAGGUAUCCUUUGGUUUGAAUGAGGAACAUAUCAUAAUUGGAAGUGAGACGAGCCUACCUAUCCGUGGUGAGAAUGUUGCUCAAAUUGACGCUCGGGCUGUUGAUAUAGCAGAGGAGCAACUAGGACAUGUCCGAGAGCAAUUGUUUGAGUAUGCAGCACCAUUGUUUGUUGAUGCUGCUAAGACACCGUUACCUCCGUUUCGAGCAAUCAACCAUGAGAUUCCAAUUAUAAAUGAAAACCAGGUCUAUACCUGGCGUUCAUCUAGAUGUCCUGAAGCAUUGCGCCAGCAGUGGGUGCAGAAAAAGAAGGAUUAUCUUGCAACAGAACAUUGGAAGGUGCACCAGAGCUACGUACCGUGUUUGAUCUUCGUGAACGAAAUCGGAAUACCCGGAAGCUCGCUGCACCAUUACCACCCAUUGAUGGGGUUCUUCGUCGAGUUGCUGGACAUCGAUACCGUUCAUUGA